AUGCAAGCCCAUUUUUAAGAGAAGGAAGCUCUAGCUGACAUCUUUGGUCAUAUAAAAGAUGUAGAUGAACAAAAGUUUGGUGUCAUAUUAGAAAAAUUAAGAAAGGAAAAAGUUUAAGACAUCAUUGGAUAUCUUUCAGAAAACGUGAAUCAAAGGCAAUUAGAAUCAUGUAUCUUACAAAAAGGAGUUGAUAUAACCCAGGCUGAUAAAGAAUAGAAAUUGACUGUUGUAAGAAAUGAAAUCAAAUAAAUCACAGAAGUCGUAAAAAAAUUAAAAGAUCAUGACUUUAAUAACAUAGACUUUUCCUCUGAAGAAAAUGAAGAAUCAACACAAAGACUAAUUCAAAGCAUCAAGGAUAAUAUAAUGAUCAUUAAAUUUUUGUAAUUUUUAGUUCAACUCACAUCCAUAGAUGAAGCUUUUAUGCAAUGUGGGUCUAAUUCAUUACAUACCUUAGUUAAGAUGAAGGUGGACCUUAGAAACAAAAUUUUUGAAAACAUAAAAAUCUAAAAUACUUCUUUGGUGGGAGCUAAUUUUGUAAGAUGUAAUUUUAGUGGAUCCUUAUUUGACAAUGUAGAUAUCAGCGGAUUGAACUUAAAUGGAGCUGUAUUAUUGAAUUGUAAAUGGAAAAACUUAAGAAUCUUGGAAUUAAAUAAAUUAGAUGGUCAUAGAGAUUUAAUAGGCUCAAUUUGUUUCUCUCCUGAUGGAAAAACUUUAGCUUUUGGUAGUUUUGAUUGUUCUAUUCGUCUAUGGGAUGUCAAAACAGGAUAAUAAAAAGCCAAAUUUGAUGGUCAUAGUGCUUGUGUUAGCUCAGUCUGUUUCUCUCCUGAUGGAAAUACACUAGCUUCUGGAUAUAAAAAUGGCUCUGUUUUAUUUUGGGAUACUAAAACAAGAAAAAAAUAAGCCAAAUUAGAUGGUCAUAGUGGUUGUAUUAACUCAGUCUGUUUCUCUCCUGAUGGAAAUACAUUAGCUUCUGGUAGUGUUGAUAAGUCUAUCCGUCUAUGGGAUGUCAAAACAGGAUUAUAAAAAGCCAAAUUAGAUGGUCAUA